AUGACUGAGCUGAACAAAACAUUAGAUGAUUGCAUAGCUGCUAUUAUCCAUCAGUACCCAUGUACAAAUUUAAAAGACAUAGAUAACUGUUUGUUAAGUGACAAAACAUUAGUUUGUUUUAUCAUCUUGAUCUGCACACUUGGCCUGAUUGGGAACGGAAUUGUAUUCUGUCUUCUCUGCUGCAGCAUUAAGAGGAAUUUCUUUUCUGUCUACAUUUUGAACUUAGCUGUAGCUGACUUUGGUGUCCUCAUAGCUGCAGUCAGUUUGUAUAUAUGUGCUUGGAUUUCUCCUAAACCUGCUUCCAGUGUUUCCAUUUCUAAAACAUACGAGCAUUUGAUUUACCUGUAUUUCUUUGUGCAAUGCUCAAGCAUUCAUUUCCUUACGGCCAUGAGUGUCGAUCGAUGUUUGGUCAUCCUUUUCCCAGUUUGGCAUCGAUGCCACCGCCCAAAGAAUUUCUCUGCAAUUGUGUCGACUGUCCUCUGGGGUAUAUCCUGUAUAUUUUUGGGAAUUUUUUUCAGUUGUUGGAAUGGAACAAACACAAUCAUUAUAAUAUCCUUUAUGAUUUUCUUUUCUGUCAUGGUAAUCUCUACUCUGAUUCUAUUCAUCAAGGUCUGUUGUAAUUCACGUCUUCGGCAACAUGGAAAAAUUCAUAUGGCUAUUUUGCUUUCACUGCUUUUCUUUAUUAUCACUGCAAUUUCCAUAUGUUUGUUUGUGAAAUUUUCCAAUUCUAUGAACAAACUCUCCUCUGUUACCCUUUUGCUCACCUGCAUGAAUAGCAGCAUCAAUCCUGUUAUUUACUUCAUCUUCGGGAGAUAUUGGGCUUCUCGUCUGUCCGGGACAAGGAUUCAAGGAUUCAAGGAUGCACUCUGGAGGUUUUUCAGAGAGGAGGAUAGUUAUGGAAGUCGUAGAAAUGAAGAAGAGAACCCUAAAACAACCUCUGUUUUGAUGACUUCUUAA